CACACACACACAUAUAUAUACACACACACACACACACACACGGAGCAGACAGCAGCGAGCAGGACGUCUCAACAUGUUUUUAGUUUCUCUUUAAGCCCGGUGUGGGUGUGAGAAACGCGGAGUCCGGCAGCAGUGACAGCAGAGGUUACUGUAACAGCAGACUGUAUCAACACAUGUGUCUGUGCCACAGUAAUAGGAGCACUGCGGCUGUGGAUCUGGACUUGGGCAGCUCCUACACCCAGUGGUCCACAAGAAAGGCAACAAGACAAAGGAAAUGUAUUGCUUCAGGAACAAGUGAAGUCAUCACAGUUCUUAUACCAGUUACCAGAAUGAAUGACAGGUUCCAGAAACAAGGAAUAUGGAGGCUGUAGCUCCUCUCCGUCCCUAGCAGAAGGGCUAGGAGCAGCCUGAUUCCUCCGUACUUCCCUGCCCGCCUGCCUUGCCCCUUCAUGGCCAGCAGGAGUCCUUCCCUGAGCCAGGAAGCCAGGGACUCGGCACCCGGGACCCCUGAGGCCGGCACUGACUCCCAGCCGGGGCCCGAGGUCUUUUGCAAGCUGUGCCUCAGUGAGCAGCCAUCUGCAGCCACCAGGGAACUGCAAAGCUGCAACUGCAACUUCUGCACAGCAUGUUUGCAGCAGUAUGUUCAGCUGGCCAUCAUGGAGGGUGGGGGGGCACCCAUCACCUGCCCAGAUAUGGCCUGCCAAAAGUCUGGCGUGCUACUGGACUCUGAGAUAGCCAGCCUGGCUGCAGCUGAUCAGGUGGAGCUGUAUCAGCGUGUGAAGUUUGAGAGGGGAGUGAAGUUGGACCCCAGUAAAGCCUGGUGCCCAGUGCUUGAGUGCCAGGCGGUGUGCAAAGUGCAGCCAAGCACCGAGGGCCAGCCCACCGCUGUGCCCUGCCUCACCUGUCACACUGUCUUCUGCUCUGGGUGCAGAGGGCCCUGGCAGGACAGCCAUACCUGCCCCGAACGCCAGCCCAUGAUGUCACCCUCUCCCUCUCAUGAAAGCAGGGCCCGCUCCGACAGCCACUCUGACAUGCCCAUCAAACAGUGUCCUAUGUGUGGUAUCUACAUAGAGAGGAACCAGGGCUGUGCACAGAUGCUGUGUAAGAGCUGCAAACACACCUUCUGCUGGUACUGCCUGCAGAAUCUGGAUGGUGAUAUAUUCCUGCGGCAUUAUGAUAAGGGACCGUGCAGAAACAAGCUGGGACACUCCAGGGCCUCUGUGAUGUGGAACAGAACGCAGGUGGUGGGAAUCCUGGUGGGGGUCAGCAUCAUCGUGCUGGUGACAUCUCCGCUCCUCCUGCUGGCCUCGCCCUGCAUCCUGUGCUGUGUCUGUAAGCCCUGCAGAGGCAAGAAGAAGAAGAAGAAAAGGAAGAGGGACCUCAGCCAGCCAGACUCCUCCACAUCAUAGCAGCUCCCCCUCUCAUUGGGCCAUCCAGGAUACACUGACGAAGCCCAAGGAAACCAACAAGCGCAUGUGCAAGUGGUGGAAAAGAAUAAACUUAUCGAACAAUGGAGCACUUUUCCCCCCGACGCGACAGACUGGACGCCUCGUCAGGAUAAGGGUGGAAGUGUAAAUAUGAAGAGAAUGAAUGUAACUCGCUCACGUAGUUGUUGGCAGAUGCACAACAGGUUUGUAAGGAGAAGGCGGUGGGAGUUUUCCUGGAGAGGUUUCUCUCUCUCUCUCUCUCUCACACACACACACACACACACGCACACACACAUGCAGUUAAAAGUGCAACGCCACCCUCAUGUGCCAAAUGUCAUGAUGCCAAACUACAGGUGUUAGGUGCUCAAGUGCCUCACUCUACAGUGCCUGGUGCUUGGUCGUCUUUGCUUUGCCUUUCAUUCUAUCUUUAUAUUAUGCAAAAAUUUUAGCAUUAUGAAAAUGGACAACUGUCAGGAUCCCACAGGGUUGUAAAUCCCUAAAAAAAAAAGCAAAACAUUCUUUCAUAAUGGUAGAAGG